GCCCAAAACGACCAAAUUGUAUAUACAAAUACACAACAGAGAGAGAGAGAGAGAGAGAGAGAGAGAGAGAGAGAGCAGCCUUUCGGAGAUAUCAAGAGUUCUCCAACUCCUCGACAUUUCCGAAGCUCAUUUUCCCCAAUCUCUCUUACUUCUUUUCAUUUUUCAACUAUAAAGAUUCUCUGCUAUUCAACCAUAAGAAAAUUAAAACAACAACAAAUUAAUAUUGGUAUUGGGUUGAACUGAUUUUUGAUAAUGGCUGCUGCGCUCUCUUCAUCGAAUCAUUGCUGUUCAAAAUCACCAGCUUAUUCUUCUUCUUCUUCUUCCUCAAUUGGGUUUAAUCAGUCUCUCAAAAAUGUUCAAUUUUCGGUGAUUUCUAGGAAGAAAUUAGGGUCAAAGAAUGUUUCUUUGCAAUCCAAGUGCACCCCUUUGUCCAAUGCGAUUCUCAUGCAAGAUGGUGCAUUGCCCACUAAAGUUCCUACAACAAGCGAAACUCCAUUAAAGAAAUCGAAAGAAGUGUUAUCCCCAAUCACCUCACCCGAGGAAAACAAAGCCCCGAUUAUUUCGGACGUAAACAACAGCAAAUCGACUGUUAGUAUUACCGUGGUAGGUGCGUCUGGUGACCUAGCCAAGAAGAAAAUAUUCCCUGCUCUUUUCGCACUUUACUACGAGGAUUGCCUUCCCGAGCACUUCACUAUAUUCGGUUAUGCACGUAGUAAGAUGAGCGAUGCCGAAUUGAGAGAUAUGGUUAGCCGGACACUUACUUGCAGAAUCGACAAACGGGAAAAUUGCGGUGAAAAGAUGGAACAGUUCCUACAAAGAUGUUUCUACCACUCUGGCCAAUACGAUUCAGAGGAUAAUUUCACGGAGCUUAAUAAGAAACUCAAGGAGCACGAGGGUGGAAGAAUUGCGAAUAGGCUGUUCUAUUUAUCGAUCCCACCAAACAUAUUUGUAGCUGCUGUAAAAUGUGCGAGUCGAUCGGCUUCGGCUUCUAAUGGGUGGACUCGGGUUAUCGUCGAGAAACCUUUUGGCCGUGAUUCGGAAUCUUCGGCUGCUUUGACUACCUCUCUCAAGCAAUACUUGGAGGAGGAUCAAAUUUUCAGGAUAGAUCAUUAUCUUGGAAAGGAGCUAGUCGAGAAUCUCUCCGUUCUUCGUUUCUCCAAUCUUAUUUUCGAGCCCUUAUGGUCAAGGCAGUACAUAAGAAACGUUCAGCUGAUUUUCUCUGAGGACUUCGGCACUGAAGGAAGGGGAGGUUAUUUCGAUCACUACGGAAUAAUCAGAGACAUAAUGCAAAACCACCUGCUCCAAAUACUUGCCCUCUUCGCCAUGGAGACUCCUGUCAGUUUGGAUGCAGAAGAUAUCCGUAACGAAAAGGUGAAAGUAUUGCGUUCGAUGAAACCGAUACGAGCAGACGAUGUUGUGAUAGGGCAGUAUAAAAGUGACACGAGAGGAGGUGUUUCUUACCCUGGAUAUACAGACGACACCACCGUGCCUAAAAAUAGUUUAACUCCCACUUUUGCUGCUGCUGCACUUUUUAUCGAUAAUGCCAGAUGGGACGGGGUCCCGUUUUUAAUGAAAGCUGGCAAAGCUCUACAUAAUAAGACGGCGGAAAUACGGGUGCAGUUUAGACAUGUUCCUGGUAAUUUAUACAAUAGGAACUUUGGUACGGAUCUUGAUCGAGCGACUAAUGAGCUCGUAAUACGCGUUCAACCCGACGAAGCUAUUUAUCUCAAGAUUAAUAAUAAAGUCCCGGGAUUGGGAAUGAGAUUGGACCGAAGUAAUCUUAAUCUUCUCUACAAAGCAAGAUACUCGAAGGAGAUACCGGAUGCAUACGAAAGACUUCUUCUAGAUGCGGUUGAAGGUGAAAGGAGACUCUUCAUUAGGAGCGACGAAUUAGAUGCAGCUUGGAAGCUCUUCACUCCUGUAUUAAAGGAGCUCGAAGAAAAUAAAAUAAUCCCAGAAUAUUAUCCUUACGGAAGUCGGGGCCCGGUCGGGGCCCACUACCUCGCAGCCAGGUACAACGUUAAAUGGGGCGAUCUUGGUGUCGAUGAAUGAAUGAAUGAAUGAUGAUGUCACCAUGAGGUAAUAUUCUUCGGUUUAGAUGUUUUAGAUAAAAAUCAUACGGAGAACUGCUACGAGAAUUUCAGCUUACUUCGUAUUUAUUUUCUGAUUCUUUUUUUUUUUCUGCCGUAUCAUCUUUUUCUUGUAAUGUUUGCAAUAACUGUUUUUUUUUUCGGUUUAAGAAAUGAUUAAUUAAAUACGAUUUCGUUUGGAUAUUUUAUUGUUGCUUAGUACAUUUGGAAUAAAUACAAGUGUUUGUGAUUGUUAAA